AUGACCGCUCCAAUGAAUGGUUUCGCCACCAGCUCGAACGGUUCUACUUCCACUCAAGUCGUAGUCGGUUCAAUGGAACGAAUCGAGGAUUAUCAGAAAACUUUAACCGAAUUGAAAAGUCAUGGUGGGAACGUACAAGGUGAAAUGGUAGAUAGGAUAUUGGAUAAUGCUACGUCACUUCCUUCACCACCAUUAACAAUCCAUCUGAUACUUCCUUUACCACUUACGACCAACCUUUAUUCUACAAUUCCCCCUUCAACUCAACUAUUUAUACAUCUACCAACACAGCAUACUGAAGCAGAAUUGAGCUCAUUACACUCUUCGCUUUCGCAAGCACAAUUUACACCUCUUCUUCCUACACCCUCAACUACCAUCAUCUCUUACACCGCACCUGCUCCAUCAGCAUCAUCAUCAUCUUCUUCCUCUUCUUUACCUACAGCUAUAUCUGUUCCAGCACCCUUUCCAUCCUCCGUACGUCCCUUAGCAUUGAAGAGAUCAGGUGACAAAGCACGUAAAGCAGCGCUAUGGGCAUUGGAUUCACCUCUACUUCCAGAUGGAGGUAAAUCACUCUUAACUCCUGAAGAUAGACAAAGACCAGAAUGUGUAUACCCUGAAUCGGAUGGUAAACCUGUCAAACGUCGAAGAGCAUGUAAAGAUUGUACAUGUGGUUUAAAGGAAUUAGAGGAAGAAGAAGAAAAUCAAUCUUCUCAAGCGAUCAAAGAAGCUCAAAAAGCUUUCUUCUUGGAAGGUGACGAUGAUAUUCCGGAAAUAUUAAAAACUGCAACAGUAGGAGUUGAAGGUGUAUGGCCAACUGAAAAAAGAGCAGAAGCUAAGAAGACAAGUAGUUGUGGAAGCUGUUAUCUAGGUGACGCGUUCAGGUGUAACAGUUGUCCUUAUCUUGGUCUUCCACCUUUCAAGCCUGGUGAACAAGUCAAGCUAUCCAUCGCCGAUGACUUCUAA